AUGCAUGCGAAGCCGCGGCGGGUGGUGGACCUUCGCACGAGAUGUCCUUCUGGCCUUGCCAAGACACGCUCUCUCGGAGACAUCAGGUGUUAUGGCCAGGCUCCAGGUGGCACAGUACCAAAGGGUAGUCGAAGCCCGAGCGGUGGAUUGCCGCUGGAGCCACUGGGCCAGGAGCCAAGAUUCGGCAGCAUCUCGGGCAAACCCUCCAUUGCAACCGGGGCAAAGGAGGCGCAGACUUCGCAGGCCGCAGAUGCAAGAAGCCGCCCCUCAAAGGGCCCUUCGCCGGCCUCGGAAGGCAGCAUGGCCCGGAAUUUGGCAGGCUCCUCUCGGUCCUCCCUUGCUGAACACUGGGCGCGUCUUCGCCAGCAAACGCGGGAUGAUGCGUUGGAGCAGAGUAUCCAACGGCGACAGGAGAAGGGUUGCUGGCGCCUGGCAGCAGGGGAGGGCCUGGAUUGGCAGCACAUCCGCAAUGAAUUCUACGGAGCCGUACCGGAGUCCUUUGGUCAGGUCACCCUGGAUGACUGCAUCGAUGCCUUCCUUGCCUCAAGACGAGGCCUUCGUUUGUUGGAUUUGGGCUGCGGUGUUGGAGCACUUUUGGCACGCCUCAGGCGAGAUCUCGGGGAAGAAAUGGAUUGGUCCUCCAGCUUCGGCGUCACUUCAGUCCACAACUUCGACAUCUCCAUGUUCACUCCACCGGCAGGCUUCCCAGACUUCUUUGACACGCAACUCCUGCGCUUCAAUUUGGAUUUCCUGGCUGAGCAUGCACAGACGGAUCUUGCUUCAAAGCGCUUCGAUGUGAUCACUUCGCACUACUGUUGGUGCCAUUUGCAGGAUCCUUUAGGUGCUUUGAUUUGUGCCUUUGGGCUUCUGAGUGCUGGCGGCGUGCUCAUCUUCAUCGAGCCGCUGCAUGUGCCAUCCCACUCACUGCCGUACACGGAGCACAGGCUCUACCACUGGGAUGAUGGGAUGACUGGGCCCCUCUUCAUGCGUCGGCUUUUGCAGCAUUGGCAACAGGAGGUGGCCGUUUUCUCUGUGGUGGAAACAGGUGCUGGAGAGCGUAAGCACGUGCUGGCUCUGCGAAAGCAUGCUGAGCAUCAACAGCUGAGUUUGCCAGCCUCUGUUCGCCCUGGGGCUUCCAGCUGGACUCUGCCAUGUGUCCGAGAGGAACGCCUAGGGCGCGGUGAUUUGGAGCCAUUUGUGACCCCAAGCGCCCGCAGCUUUGCCGAGUGGCUGCAGAAGGCGAAAAGCCAACGCUGUAGCCAUGGCCUGGCCUGA